GUGCGCCCGGCUGCGUCAGCGCGCCCGGAAGCGCUGGCCUGGCGAACAUGGCGGCGUCCGCGGCCGGCCUGGGCGGCGGAGCGGGCCCGGGGCCCGAGUCCGGAGACUUCCUGGCCCGGUACCGCCAGGUGUCGAACAAGCUGAAGAAGCGGUUCCUGCGGAAGCCGAACGUGGCGGAGGCCGGCGAGCAGUUCGGCCAGCUGGGCCGCGAGCUGCGCGCCCAGGAGUGCCUGCCGUACGCGGCCUGGUGCCAGCUGGCGGUGGCGCGCUGCCAGCAGGCGCUCUUCCACGGGCCCGGGGAGGCGCUGGCGCUCACCGAGGCCGCGCGCCUCUUCCUGCGGCAGGAGCGCGACGCGCGCCAGCGCCUGGCCUGCCCCGCCGCCUACGGGGAGCCCCUGCAGGCCGCCGCCAGCGCCCUGGGCGCCGCCGUGCGCCUGCACCUGGAGCUGGGCCAGCCGGCCGCCGCCGCCGCCCUGUGCCUGGAGCUGGCGGCCGCCCUGCGCGACCUGGGCCAGCCGGCCGCCGCCGCCGGCCACUUCCAGCGCGCCGCCCAGCUGCUGCUGCCCCAGCUGCCCCUGGCCGCCCUGCAGGCGCUCGGCGACGCCGCCUCCUGCCAGCUGCUGGCGCGCGACUACAGCGGCGCCUUGGCGGUCUUCACGCGCAUGCAGCGCCUGGCGUGGGAGCACGGCAGCCACCCGGUGCAGGUGCCGCCGCCGCUACCGCCGCCGCCGCCGGCGGCCCUGUCGCAGCCGCAGCACCAGCCGAGGCCGCCGGGGCCCCAGCCCGGGUCCCGCGCGGCCGCCGCCCUGCCGCUGGCGCUGCCCCCCGCCAGCGCGGGUUCUGCGGCCGCGCCCUCUCCCGCCGCGCUGGGCGCCUUCUCGGACGUGCUGGUCCGCUGCGAGGUGUCGCGCGUGCUGCUGCUGCUGCUCCUGCAGCCACCGCCCGCCAAGCUCCUGCCGGAACACGCGCACACCCUGGAGAAGUACUCCUGGGAGGCUUUCGACAGCCACGGGCAGGAGAGCAGUGGCCAGCUGCCCGAGGAGCUCUUCCUGCUGCUGCAGUCCUUGGUCAUGGCCACCCACGAAAAGGACACGGAAGCGGUCAAGUCGCUGCAGGUGGAGAUGUGGCCCCUGUUGAGUGCCGAGCAGAACCACCUCCUUCACCUCGUUCUGCAGGAAACCAUCUGGCCCUCGGGACAGGGGAUCUGAAGCGCCGCCAGUCUCCACCAAGGGACUGGUUCCCUGUUAGCCAACCUCACGCACCCGCCUCUGCGUUUAGGGGGAAAUAAAGACGUUGACCCGGCGCUCCGGCCUGUGUAGCUGCUUAUUCCUCUGGCCACCACGGGAAUUUAGUUGACGAAAAGGGACCUUGUUUCCGUAAGAGUGGCCGACAAAACCACCGUGAUAGAAUGGGGCAGAGAACGCGGCUCUCUUCCCCCCCAAACUGCAGCAUAAAAAUGACAGUCCCUUCUGUCGCUUCCGUCUUCCCUUCUCACCCAUCUGUGUGUCCACCCCCCCCCCCGCCCGCCCCCGCCGGCCCCCGCAUCCCUGUUUCUUAGUGAGGACUCGUUUGCACAGCGCUGGCUCAGUACUUCAGCGGACUCUGAUUCCUUAGCGUAUUUCGACGUCUGCCUGUGUCAGGCCGCAAUUCCUCCCUUCUUUCCUGCGCCCCAUAUGCGAUCACUUGGCGAUCUCGCGGGAAUCAUUUGAUUCGGUACCACGCUGCUGUCACUGGUGCCCUGAAUCCACGAUAAAGCCAUGCUGGCACUCCUAA